AAGUUGUCUAAUACUUUUGUGAGCCUGUCAGAAAUUGUACUUUUUAUGUAUUAAAUUUCAGACUAAAUCAAUUCCCUCUUCGUAUAUAAAGCACACAUUAAUGGUUUUGCUGCAUAGAGUUUCUGACAUUCAACAGAAUAGCAAACAUGAAUAUUUUAAUUUGUUUUAUCUUUGGGCACAAAUUUAUUACCACUGCAUAUUAUUUAGCUAUAAGGAGUAAUUCAUUAAGUAGUAUGGGCGUAGGUAACUUACAUAAUGGGGUUGAAAACAAUAUAUUAUCUUGUGCGAGGAAGUGUAAAGAAGAUGACACGUGUGAUGUACUUAUUUACAAUGAAAGCGAAAAGUUAUGUGGAUUGAAGAAGAUUCAAAAUGUUUCCACUGAAGCUCAAGAAAUAUCCGGUACUGGGUUUAAGGUGAUAAGCCAGUUACAAAAAUCAUGCGGGACGUGGCAACACCUUCUUUCGGUCGACAACAAUGGACACAUUUUAUUGGGAAAUUUUGAAAACUUAAAGACAGGAGUUUUGAACGGGGCAAAAUUAAACGUUAUUGCAAAAAGAGAAGGCGAUCUAAUACUUACCUUUGAGAUCAACACUGUACUUAGCAAUGAUCAAGUGAUAUGUGCGCAAUCAAGGAUGUAUCUGACCUUCGAGGAAAAAUGGACAUCGUAUUUUAUGUGUACCAAUGGUCGGGUUUAUACGCUAACAUUUGUCAUGAACAACACAGAAAGUGAAUCUAUAUUGGAAUUGAAAGAUAUAGAGAAUAUAGAUUGGUUUGUGUUAGACAAUGUCUGCCAACGAGAAAUGUUAAAUGAAAAUAGUAAGUCGCACAUAAGAUUUCACGAUCAGCACGUACCUUCAAUCACUGUUUUACAAUUCAAUGCUCUUUUUGCGAAAGUAAAUUAUCAAACAUUCCUGGACGUAGCUGAAAACUAUAUUGAGGUCAAUGCCUAUGGAGAGAUAUCAUCAACUUGUAUAAAUGGAGAAUUUGAACUUGACAAAGAUUUUGCUUGGAAAAGUUCUAAAUAUUACUUCUCACAUGCUGUUAAUGAACUGAGAUGUUCAAUAAAUAGACAUAUACCAUGUACAUACAGUGAACAUAGAGUGCACCAAAAUAUGUUUAUAAAUGAAAACUGGGAAGAGGCAUUUGUAACAACCCUUUCGGGAGAUGUAGAAUUCGGGAACUUUGAUCAUUUAAGGACAAAAAUUUUGCAAGGGCAUAAUGUGAAAAUUUAUUUUAGUGGCAAAUAUAGAGAACCAGACAUUGUUUUCGUUGACAAAAAAGAUGUAAUUGCAUUGUUUUCAGCAUAUCCGACAACGACAUUUGGCACAAAUCAGUCUUCUGUUUAUUGGUAUUUGGUGUCCUCCUCCGGACGAUUCGAACAAGUCGUAAUGGAUUAUCUCACAGGCAAUGUCACAAAUCACUCCGUGGACUCAAUCGCAGUAUCAUGGUUUACUGACAAGGCAAUUUGGACUGAUGUCCAUCAUGCAGACAAUAAUUCAACGCAAAGAUUGAAAGCAUCGAUCAUGGCCGGUUCCUCUAUACGUAUUAAGUCAAAAUGUUUGUAUAGCAACGGGAAUUAUACGAUGGUAUAUUGUCUUUAUGCUGCAGUGAACCUUUACUGCAAAAACGACAAACGUGUAUCUGCUCGAUCAAACUUAAUACCAUACCCAACACUAAAUAUGUCUGAAGUACAUCUUUCACAUCAUGAACGUCCAGUGUGGAUGCACUUGAGCACGCAUUCAGAUAAAGUGAUGCGGAUACGAAAAAUGAUGUAUAGAAGUCCAUAUUUCGAGGAUGACAUAAUAAUAAAUCGUGAGGACACGUCAUGGUAUGCCAACCAGGGAUUAUACGGGUAA